AUGCAAGUCCAAGUGUUUCAAAACGUUGGCGUCUUACACAGGCGCGCAGCCGCUUGCUACUUGCUUUCGGGUCUUCGCGAGUGCAGAGGCCAGCGCCCAAGUGGGUUUGGUUUUCUGGACUGUCUCGGUAGACACGGAAUAGACCACCCAGGGCCUGAGAAGACCAACCCGGGUCCGGCCCCUUGCUUCGAGAAGCGGCGCUCGCAUGAGUGGCGCACGGAGGAGGAGGAGCUUUGCUGCCCUUGGUCUGACCUCCAUAUCGUCGGCGGCUUGGUUCUGGUUGCUCUAUCACCCAGCAUCAUACAAGCGUGCAGAUGCUGCUGGUUUCUGGUCCAGCAGCUCAAUAAGCUGAGCACCGAGAAGGAUCAGCUGCUUCACGAGCUUCGCAGUGACAACCACGCCCGGUGGGCCGAGACCCAGAUGCUGCAAAACGCGUGCAUCAGCCUGCACAGCGAGAACACCGCGCUGUGGACUGAGAUUGAACAGCGGCAUAGCGAGUGCAGCAAUCUCCGCUGUCAAACCAAUGCCAUUUGGACUGGCAGUGAGACGUGGCGCAACAAGUGCCGCAAGCUUCGCCGUGACAACGAGAAGCUGAGUAAAAAGUUACGCAACCUGGAGGAGCAGGCUUUUCAGGCCAAGCAUUGCCCCGACAUGAAGUCAAAGGAGCACGUGCUCCUUAGGACACCGCCUGGCAGCCCGAAGUUUCGACAAGACGAUCCCAACCACGAGAUCGCCAAAAAGCGGAGACAAAAACAGGGAAGUGAUGCAUCUCUGAGUUCUGUGUCGACUUGCGCCACCGCCAGCGACGGCCCUCCAGAGGAGUUUCCUGAUGCUUCUCCUCAAAACAGUUCUCCUGGCGAGGCAUGCGAUUCCGAGAUCACGAAACCCAACAACAAGGAAGAAUUGCCUGGAGCGCUCCGGGCAGACAUUGGCGAAGCUCACGAGGGAACGUCACAUGCAGUGGAGAGGCUUGACAAGAAGUGCGAUGGCGAACGCUAUGAGCUGGAGUCUGUUGCCGAGAGGGAGCAGGCAGCCAUCGGUCUUUGCCACACGCCCUGCGAAGCUUUGCCAUUGGUAGAGGUGGAGAUCGAGAGCGACACGACGAGCGCUUCAGUGAAGUGCCUCGAUCAGUCGGAGGAGGUGCUCGACCUCCGUGUGACAGCACCUGGCAGCCGUGAGAGCGAAGCGCUGCUGUGGCAGCAAUUCCGGCACAACAGUGAAGGGGUGGGCAGCGGUGCGUCUUCGCCUACUGAGAGCACUUGCGACAGCGACGGCGACGGCUCUCCGCAGGAGCUUCCAGUCUCUGGCCCUGACCACGGUUCUGCUCGCGAGGCAUGCGUUUCCGAGACCGAGAUAACAGAUGAUGAGCAGUCAAGCAUCAAGGAAGAAUUGCCUGGAGCGCUCCGGGCAGACAUUGGCGAAGCUCACGAGGGGACGUCGAGUCUGCUGGAAAUGCCUCACAAGAAGCGGGAAAGCGGAGCCUCAAGGGGCUCGAUUGCUGCAGACGAGACGGAUUCCAGCGCUGCGAAGGCAGCCGUCGAUCCUUUUCAUCCGUCCUUCGAAGCUUUGCCUGUUUUGUUGCAUCAUCUCUCCGUGCAAGACAUGCUUGACUGGCGCGUGACAUCCCGGCAGACUCGGACUCCUGAGGUCUUGCUGCAGCAUGUGGCCGAACUUGGCAGGUUUGACACGUCCGCGUCCAUCGUCGCCUAUGGUGAUGCUCUGGAGCGACUCGAGGGUUCUUGGACCCGGACACACUCCGAGAUCUUCGGCGAUGAUGUCGCCUACCGGAAGCGCUUCGAAUGCCAGGAGUGGUGUAUCAUUCUGGCACGAGCUGAGAGAACCCACUUUGCCGAAAGUCGUGUCCGUGACAUCGUGCUCGAAAACCUUCGUCACUCAUUCAGUCACUGCCUGGACCCAGAUGUCUCGGUCCGUGAAGGGGCACAUGCUGUAGUUGUGAACCAUGCCUAUGGCGGCCUCAGCUUCGUGAAAGAGUUGAUUGCAAAAACAAUGCUCAGUCAGAUGAGAGACAUCAUGUCAGCCGGUGGAGAGAUUCAGCGGGCAUGGCCUCGCAUGUGGCUGUGCAUGCAACAUCUCGAAGGGCUCCUACGAGUACUGACGAAGCCUCAGCGCCAAGAGUGGGUGUGCUUGUUGGUCGAACUCCUACAUCGUUUUCGAACAACCUUUGAAGCUUUUGUUGACUGGUCUACGAGCCGGAAGAGCGUGAUUGACGAGCUGAAGCUCCUUUGGCGUGCUGAUGACGAUCCGGCUCGAACUUACGCAGAUGCAGCGCAGAAACUGCGGGCCUUAAAGCACGACACGGAUUUCGAAGGCGUAAAGCAGAACCUGCACAGCCUUCUCCUUUGCUGA